AUGUCAGGGGCGGCCGGCGCUGGCGCCGGCGCGAUCGCCGCGCUCCUGCGCGCCCACCGCCUGCCCAUGCUGCAUUCGCCGUUCCCGCCGCGCUCGUUCGCCGCGGCCCGCUCCCUGCGCGCGCGCCUCCCUCUCCCGCGCGCCCCGGCGUCCACCGCGCCCCGCUUCUCCCUCCCCAACCUCCGCCUCGGCGCAUCCCCGCGCUCCUUCUCCUCCUGCGGCGGUGCCCCCGGCGGCGCGGUAUCCUACACGGCGUCGGAGAAGGAGGGCACGCGGCAGUCGGAGCUCAUCUUCCUCGGCACGGGCACCAGCGAGGGCAUCCCGCGUGUCAGCUGCCUCACCGACCCCUCCAAGACUUGCCCGGUUUGCACCAAGGCGACGCAGCCGGGGAGCCCGAACAGAAGGCGCAACACCGGCAUCAUGCUGCGCCACGUCACGCCGUCUGGCACCUCCAACAUCCUCAUCGACGCGGGAAAGUUCUUCUACCACUCCGCGAUCCAGUGGUUUCCUGCUUUCGGGUUGAGGGCGAUUGAUGCCGUCAUUAUUACCCAUUCUCAUGCUGAUGCGAUUGGAGGCCUUGACUGUCUUCGUGAUUGGACGAACAAUGUCCAGCCGUCCAUCCCAAUUUAUGUGGCACAACGUGAUUUUGAGGUGAUGAAGAUGACCCACCACUAUUUGGUUGACACAAGUACAGUUAUACCUGGAGCCGCAGUUUCAACAUUGCAAUUCAACAUUAUAAAAGAGGAACCAUUUACAGUUUGCAAUCUUGAGGUGAUUCCUUUGCCUGUAUGGCAUGGUCAGGAUUACCGUUCCCUUGGCUUCCGGUUUGGUGACACAUGCUACAUAAGUGAUGUCAGUGAUAUCCCUGAAGAAACCUACGGACUUCUGGAAGACUGUGAACUCCUUAUAUUGGAUGCUCUUAGACCUGAUCGGUCUUCUUCAACACACUUUGGAUUACCUAGGGCCCUUGAGGAAGUCAGGAAAAUCAAACCAAAGAAAACACUCUUUACUGGAAUGAUGCAUUUAAUGGACCAUGAGGAAGUAAACGGUGAUCUUGCGAGGCUGAUGGAAACAGAGGGGCUUGACAUCCAGCUUAGCUAUGAUGGUCUCAGUAUACCUGUAAGGCUCUAGAACUACUGGGAACACACUAUGUGUUUAUCUUUUAGGCACUGUCAAAUGAUGGUUAUAGAUUUUCUGUAGUGUCAGUUGAGUAAAAUGAUCACAAAAUGUAAUAUGUUGAAUUCCUCGAUCCAAGCUUUCGCAGUACUUAGUUUUCUCCUUCACCCCUCCCCCUCACCCUGAACAGAGGAAUCAUAUGUGGCAAUUUUACGCGUACCAAUCAUCUAUGAAUAAAGUUUUUUGCACAA